AUGGUACCCCGGGAAGGCCCUGAGUCCGCCCAGCGCCUGUGCCCUUCCCUGGCUGGCCUGAAUGCCAAGGAUGUGCUUCGGAGAAAGCACAAGACGAGGAGCCGACAGCACCAGCGAUUCAUGGCCCGGAAGGCCUUGCUGCAGGUGCAGGGGCUGCUGAGCACGCCCGCAGGGCCGGGAUCCUCCCCACUGCCCGCACGGCCGGAGGCACUGCCGGGCUCCGAAGCCACCAGCAGCAGGAUGCAGCAUCCAAGGAAUGAAUCUGGAGGUGCCUCGUGCAGCCGAAAGCCCACGCCCAGGGAAUCCACAGCACCCCGGCCCAGCAAGUGCGUGGCUAUCGACUGCGAGAUGGUGGGCACGGGGCCCCGCGGGCGGGUGAGUGAGCUGGCCCGCUGCUCUGUGGUGAGUUACCACGGCGACGUCCUCUACGAUAAGUACAUCCGGCCGGAGAUGCCCAUCGUGGACUACCGUACUCGCUGGAGUGGCAUCACUCGGCAGCACAUGCGCACAGCCAUCCCCUUCCAGGUGGCCCAGAAAGAGAUCCUCAAGCUCCUGAAGGGCAAGGUGGUGGUGGGGCACGCACUACACAACGACUUCCAGGCCCUCAAGUACGUCCACCCUCGGAGCCAGACCCGGGACACCACCUACGUGCCCAACCUGCUCCAGCGGCCUGGCCUCCAUACGCGCACCCGGGUCUCUCUGAAGGACUUGGCCCUGCAGCUGCUGCACAAGAAGAUCCAGGCUGGCCGGCACGGCCACUCGUCGGUGGAAGAUGCCGUGACGGCCAUGGAGCUCUACCGGCUGGUCGAGGUGCAGUGGGAGCAGCAGGAGGCCAGCAGCCUCCCCGCCUGCCCGGAGGACCGGGAGCCCGACAGCGGCACAGACACGGAGCAGUACAUGGAGGACCGGUACUGGCCGGAGGACCUGGCCCAGGGCCCCAGCGGAGGAGCGGGGGACGCACAGGACAGAGGCGAGUGA